UCCUUUUCGAUCCGGUUUCUUUUGUGGGUUCUCCCCUUGUAAAGAGGCAACCUUGAUGAAUAAUGCUUGACACGAAAACGCUUGCGCAAGCGCAGAUGAUCUACCUUCUUGAAGAGACCCGUCUUUGAUGUGACAUCCCAUCUUUGUCAUCUGCGCAAUACUUUACCACUUUAGGUCAUGGAUCAAAAGCAUCGUAGGACAUCAAAGAGGCUGCACAAGAAACUAUGGUCUCCUACGAUCGCAUAAGCUACGAGCCACCUGUGCCACAUAUCCAGGAAAAAACACCCAUCCCCAUCCAUUUUUUGCAUGACAAAUAGUGGAUUUUAUGUAUGUUUUGCAUGACAAAUUGGAUGGGGAUGGCUGUUUUUUCCUGGAUACCACAGGUUUUCGGCUCUGGUGUUGAGAUGGAGCUGCCAAAGGUGAGUUUUGCUUACUUGUCAUGCAGAACAACUAGAAGCCCUUCACUUUAAGAUGCCAGUGUCUCCUGCCGUUUUGCAAUACAGAAAAUUGAAAUUCAUCCCACCAAAAAUACCAGUUCGCCUCCUCUGAAUCCAGUUCCGGGCAAUUACCGAGCUCCCGCAUGAAGCUCAAGGACCGACUUGCGCUCUACGAGGAGGACGACCCAGCGGUGCAAAAAUGGAUCUGCUGUCUCGGGAUUUUUUGCCCACCCUUUAUCUGGUGGAUAGGCGCGCUCAUGUAGAAUUUACUUAUGCGUGGUUCUUGCCUUUACUGCUGUUGCAAUUUACACAUGAGGAACUGUUUCUGUCUUGCUUUUAUCGCAAAUGUAAUAACCUUCUAGUUCUACGGUCUUAUCGCGCAAUAUCAAGGCAACCACCUUCACAGGCACUUCCAGACUCCUCAUUCAAAAGUGCUGACCCGCGAGGCCGGGCAGAAGAACUUCACGCUAGCCGUCGCUUCCUCCUCCAUUCUCUUCCUCGUUUGGGCGGUCCACCACAUGAUGCAAUACGUGCCCCAGGAUGGAAAUCCUUUCCCACCCGGCAUGGACGCAAGUCAGCCGCAUACAAUACCGAGGGUGCCUUCGAAAUACGCGACCAGAGCGCCGAAGGCCGCGAAGGUGGAUCACGAUGAUGAGGAGAGGCAUGGUACUAGUCGAGGUCAUCACUCCGACGUGGAAGACCACGACGAGGAUCAUAACCAGUCGAAAUACCUGCACAAAGUCCCGUCGAGUUCAAGGACAAGUAGAAGUUCUCCUGAACAGGAAUCCGCUUCUUCAUCUAGUGGCGCAUCUUCGUCGCGAUCCAAAUCCUCUUCAACUUCCGAGGGCGAAAGCGGUAGCACUACGAAGCGCGGGCACGAUCAUGAAGACAAUGAAACCUCCGGUGGUAGCAGCCACAGUUCCUCCUCCUCCUCCUCUUCUUCCGAUAGAAAGGACCAUGGCUCUGUGAACUUUGAAAGUAGUUCCGGUGGGAGGGGGAAGAAAAGUAGCAGGGAAAGUGAGGGAGAAUCAGUUGCAGUAGAGGAGUCAGAGUCGGGUUCUGGCUACGGCAAGAAGUCGAAAGGCAGCACUGCAACCGCUGAUCCGCGGCGCACACGCAAGGGGCGAUUUAGGGGGCAGUGAGCGGUUUGGGCCUGUCGUCUCGAUCAUCUGCAGUUUUGGUGCGUGUGUGUGUGCAGCAGGAGUGAUGAUGCACGUCGAAGCUGCAACAGAACGCAUAAAAAGAUGCUGCAUAAUAUCAUGGUACUGAUGUUACAAAAACCCAGAAAACUGAUUGUUGCUGAAACUUCGCAGAGUCGAUCAUCUGCAAGAUCCUUGGCCUCCGCCGUAAUAAAAAGAUGCUUUGCACCAGCGCUAUACCAAGAAUACUUGAGAUUAAAGAU